AUGCCGAAUAUUAAAGUUUUUGGGGGCAGUUCUCAUAAAGGGCUUACUCAAAAAAUAUGUUCAAAAUUACAAUUGGAUGUUUCAAAAGCUUCUUUAAAAAAAUUUGCCAACAAAGAAACAAAUGUUGAAAUUGGAGAAUCUGUUAGAGGAGAGGAUGUUUAUAUUAUUCAAUCUGGAUCAGGUGAAGUUAAUGAUAAUAUAAUGGAAUUAUUAAUUAUGAUUAAUGCUUGUAAAAUUGCAUCAUCAUGUAGAGUUGCUGCAGUCAUACCAUGUUUUCCAUAUGCUAGACAAGAUAAAAAAGACAAAUCUAGAGCUCCAAUAUCAGCUAAACUUAUUGCUAAUAUGCUUAGUGUUUCUGGAGCUGAUCAUAUUAUAACAAUGGAUUUGCAUGCUUCACAAAUUCAAGGUUUUUUUGAUAUUCCUGUAGAUAAUUUGUAUGCUGAACCAGCCUUACUUGAAUAUAUACGUUUGAACAUUCCUAAUUGGCAGGAAGCUGUUGUUGUUUCACCAGAUGCAGGUGGUGCUAAGCGUGUUACCUCAAUUGCUGAUAAACUUAAUAUUGACUUUGCUUUAAUUCAUAAAGAAAGAAAAAGAGCAAAUGAAGUUGAAAAGAUGACAUUGGUAGGAAAUGUAGAAGGUAAAACUGCCAUAUUGGUUGAUGAUAUGGCUGAUACCUGUGGUACUAUUUGUUUAGCUGCUGAUAAACUAGUUGAGGCAGGUGCUAAUAAAGUUUAUGCCAUUUGUGUUCAUGGAGUAUUUUCUGGACCUGCUUUACAAAGAUUAAAUAAUUCCAAAUUUGAAGCAAUUGUUGUUACAAAUACCAUACCACAAGAAGAAAAUAUGAAAUUAUGUCCAAAGAUUCAAUGUAUUGAUAUUUCAGGAAUCUUAGCUGAAGCUAUUAGAAGAACACACAAUGGAGAAUCUGUAUCUUACCUAUUUUCACAUGUACCAAUGUAA